AUGGUUAAAGAUUUGGAAAUAAAAUCUAAAUAUUUUCCCAUUGAAGUUGAUUUAAAAAUGACACCGGAGGAAAAAAUUCCACAUAUGAUAAAUUGGUAUCAGGAAGCAGAGAACCUUUGGAAAGGGGUUUCAAUUAAUUUUGAAGCCCUCAUGAAAUUAAUUAAAGAAAAUGGUCCUGAGCUAAGAGAUGGAACUGUGGAAUUAUGCAAGAUGUUGGAGAAAAACAAAAUUCCUGUACUCGUUUUGUCAGCUGGAUUAGGCGACGUUUUAACAGAAGUAUUAAAAUAUAAUGGACUUAUUGAAAAUGAAUACUUUCAUAUAGUAUCAAAUUUUUUCAAAUUUAACGGCAAGACUAUUGAGGGUUAUGGAUGCAGAGAAAGCGGAAAUUAUAUUCAUCCAUUUAAUAAAAAUGGAUUUGGAUGCUUGCAUUAUUUUAAGGUACAUAAAAGUAGAGAAAACAUAAUAUUAUUGGGUGAUUCAUUGGGAGAUGCUAAAAUGGAUGAAGCAGUGCCCGAAUUGAAAACAUCAUUAAAAAUCGCAUUUUUAUACGGAUCUAAUGCUUUGAUUAAAGAAAGUUUACCAAAAUUUUUGGAAUCCUUUGACAUUGUUUUAAUAGAUGAUCAAUCUAUGAAUGUUGUAAGAGCUAUUGUAGACUUAGUAAUAAAACAGCAAAAUAUUGAACUUAAAAAUUUUUCAGAAGUACUUUAUAAACAAUAA